AUGGCUCGUUCUUUCUUUCGCAAAUUACUUACAUACUUAUCAUCUGAUGAUGAGCUGGAUGCUGUUAUUAAUGUCGAGGCUGAUGGAGAGUCAUCGAGACAUCAUGGCAAUCGCCAACGUCGUAAGUUUAUUCGGCGUGAUCAUAUUCAAGGGCAUGAGCACCUUUUUUGUGACUAUUUCGCAGAAAAUCCAAUAACCACAGCACUUAGAAUGCUGGCCUAUGGGGUUACUGGAGAUUUUAUGGAUGAAUACAUACGUAUUGGAGAAAGCACCGCAAUGGAGAGCCUCAAAAAAUUUUGCAAGACAAUCGUAACUGUUUUUUCAUAUGAAUAUUUGCGGUCUCCAAAUGCCAAUGAUAUUGCUCGCUUGCUUGUUGUUGGUGAACAACGGGGAUUCCCAGGAAUGUUAGGAAGCAUUGAUUGCAUGCAUUGGAAGUGGAAAAAUUGUCCUGCUGCCUGGAAAGGUAUGUACUCUGGCCACAUCCGUGAACCAACUAUUAUUUUAGAAGCAGUUGCUUCAUAUGAUCUCUGGAUAUGGCAUGCAUUCUUUGGUAUGCUCGGUUCACAUAACGAUAUUAAUGUGCUAGAGAGAUCUUUUAUUUUCAUGGAACUUGCCCAAGGGCGUGCUCCACCAAUCAAUUACACAAUCAAUGGCAACGACUACACUAUGGGGUACUACCUUGCCGAUGGUAUUUAUCCCAAGUGGUCAACGUUUGUGAAGACGAUUCCAUCACCCCAAGGGAAUAAGAAAAAAAACUUUGCCACAGCACAAGAAUCUGCAAGAAAAGAUGUCGAGCGUGCCUUCGGGGUACUUCAACAACGAUUUGCAAUCGUUCGUGGACCUUCUCGAUUAUUCAAAGUCAAUGACCUAACAAAUAUAAUGAAAGCAUGUGUUAUUCUACAUAACAUGAUCAUUGAGGACGAGCGUGAUGAUAGUCAGGGUUUGAACAUGGAGUAUGAUCAACUUGAUGAUGAUCUUCUAGAAUUAUCGUGCAAUCCAACUAACGAGUUUAUCAACUUCAUUCAGCGCCAUCAUGAAAUUAGAGACAGCUCGGCACAUCAUCAACUACAAGCAGAUUUAAUUGAACAUCACUGGCAAUUAUAUUCCCAACAAUAG